AUGUACGGCCGCACAGAUGAAUAUUACAUACGCGAAGCGUCUCGUAACCCGAAUUCGUACCUGUAUAAAAAAAUCUGCACCUCGGGACCCGUGACCACUUUCAGAUUGUUGGCCGAACAGUCGUUUGACUUGGGCAGCGUUACGGUGAACAAGUUGGAACCUGCGGACAGCGUGUGGACGGAAAAAAUAACCAAACCGGGCGACUCGAACGCUACGCAAACGUCGACGCCGCAGACGAAAGAAACGCAGCCGUGCACGUCGUCGUCGCGUCGCCCGAAUAGUCUUUUCUAUAUUGAGUGGUAA